AUGCUUAAACUUAACAAUUCCAUUCCAUAUCAAAAUAACACAAAUUACACUAAUGGCUUAAUCAGAGCGAUACUUGAUAGUAGAGUUUCGACUAUAGUCUCGACAAGUAAGGAAAUAACACUACAAAGUUUUUUAAGAACCUUUAUUUUAUCAAUUAUUUUCUUAAUAAUUGAAAUUAUUAUAUUUUUGUUUAUGAGAGUUAUAUACAAGGACAUAUACAGGUCUAAGGCUGUCUUAUAUUCAGGUAAGUACAAUGAACCCUCCUUCUUUAAAUUUUGCUCAAAAAGAUGCUCAGAUUUCGGUGAUAUGGAUGAUCUAGAUGGUUAUUUUUUGCUUAGAUUUCUUAAAUUUUUAUCAUUUUAUUUCUUAACUAUUUCGUUGGUUCAUUUGCCAAUUUUGUUACCACUGCAUUACAACCAUAAUAUUAACAUGCCUGUUUUCUCGCUGGAUAAAUUUAAUAUUUCAAAUAUCCAUGGAAAAAAGAUGACGAUUCACCUUGUUUUAUGUCUUUUAGACAUAAUUUGGUUUCAUAUUUUAAUUUUAAAGGAAUCAAAACUAAUAUUUUCAAUAAAAGAAAAAAGGAUCCUUCAAAGCAAAUAUAGUUCAGUUUUAUUUGUUGAAAAUAUAAAUAAAACUUUUCUAAAAAAUCUUCAAUCGGUAGGAGACGAUUAUGGAGUUAAGGAUAUUUGUGAAAUACACAAAGAUUAUGGUGAAUUUUACAAAAUCUGGAACAGAGUAUAUUGCAUGGAAAAAUAUAUUGAAAAAAUAACGUUGGACAUAAUUACUGAGGUGUACUUCGAACAUAGAUCAAAACAUUUCUGGUUUUGUGAAAAAAGGACAACUACAUUACAAUUCAUAUUUAAGGUCUUAAAAUAUCUUGUUUAUCAAAAAAACUUCCUAUUGUUCAGGCUUAGGACGUCUAAAGCUAGGAUUAAAAGUGCAUUCCAAAACUAUAAUAACAGCAAUAAACUAGGUGAUUCCCUAGGCUGCAAUGCUGAGUCUCCUUCUAAAUUUAUCUCUAGUCAAUACGAGCAAUUGGAAAUAGCACUUAAGAUAUACAACAACACCGUGGUAUUAUUGAAGGAACAAAAUGGAAAGAUAAAACAAGAACUAAAUAAGAAUGACCCUGAAAGUGACCUAACUUCUAAUAACGCAUUCCUGGAAUUUAACUCACCACAAGAAGCCCAUGCAAUAAGUUUAAUUCUUCGUAGAAAUACUGUAACCUUUGUUUCUCAAGUAACAUUAAACCCUAAUCCCUACGAUAUUCAAUGGCUUUCUAUAAUUUAUAGUAACUCCAUUUACAAGGAAAUAAUGCGAGUAAUAACAGUAGUCAUUAGCAUUUCUAUCAUAAUAGGUUGGGUUAUACCAAUCGCAUUUAUUGGAUUCUUUGCGCAUAUACCAUAUAUCACUGUAACAUUUCUCCAGCCUCUAUCAUUUCGAAUUUUUAAGUCGCAAUUCAUCAGGGAUGGCAUUGAAAAUAUUUUACCUUUAGUCACACUAAUAUUUUUGACUGAGUUUGUUCCAUAUAUUUUCAGGUUUUUAAGUAAACUAAAGGGAUGUCGUACUGGUUCGGAAAUCGAAAAAGAUGUACAAGUAUGGUUAUUUGUAUUUUUCUUCGUUCAUUUGUUCGUAGUCGUCACAGCUUCAUCUGGUAUUUCAUUGGUCAUAGACCGUUUAAUAAAUAAUCCAAAUAGUAUUCCAAUAAUACUUGCCCAUGAAUUGCCAAAGAGCUCUUCAUUCUUUUGUUCGUUCAUUAUGCUAAGGGGUAUUGCUUAUUUUGGAGGAAACAUACUUAGAAUAAAAGAUCUCUUACUUCAGAUAACAUAUUAUGGUUUUAUAAAUUAUUCCCCUCAUAUCCGGAUAAACAGGGUUAAGAACUCAUUAUUUUUUAAUUGGGGUUCUAUAUAUCCUUUAUUUUCGGUAUUGGGAUGUAUAGGGAUAGCAUAUGGUAUUAUAAGCCCAAUUAUUUUACCUAUAUCAUGUCUUUCACUCAUUCUCGUGUAUGUUUCUUUCAAAUACCUUUUUGAAUAUCAAUAUACAAAAACCAAUCAUUCUGAUACAUUUGGGGAAUUGUAUCAACGCACCUUACUGCAACUUUACGUUGGUGUUUAUUUCAUGGAAUUCUGUUUGUUAGGUUUAUUUAUCCUGUCAGAUGCAUAUACUUUAGCUUUCUGCACUUUUUCUUUACUUGUUGCCACAUUAAUCUGUAACAUUUAUAUUCGAAAAAGCGUGUUACGUUCUGCUUUGUUUCUGCUGAAUGAUCACGAACAGAACACGUAUAUUCAGAACGAUAGCAACCAAUCUACAUUAGACUCGUAUAGAUCUCCAAUGAAAAGGAAGACCAAAAUGUAUGGUGAAAUAUGGCUUCCUACAUACCCAGCAGAAAAUGUUAUUGAGGAAAUCACUAUGAUGGAGAAAAAGUAUGGUAUAGUGAUCAAUACCAGUAAGUCAUUUUUUGAUGAUCGUGGAAAUUUACGUUUUCGUUAA